AGUAUUGCUGUCAAUAUCGCCCUCGACCACAUCACAAACGAACUUGCUGUGGAGUGCCAAAGUCAAGGAUGUGACUGGAAAGGCAAAUAUGCAAGGGCACAAGCGCAUCAAAAACAUUGCCCCAAGCUGCUUGUGAAAUGUUCAAACGACAGAUGCGCAUUCCGUGAGUCUAGAGAAAAAAUGCCGCAGCACGAAAAAUCCUGCAGCAAGAGGGAGAUCCCCUGCAAAGGUUGUGGUGAUCUGAUAGUGUGGGAUUCGUCGCAGGAGCACGCGCAAUUCCAAUGCACAAACGCCACAAGACCGUGUCCCUUAAUAAUAUUUCCCAGGUAUCUAUGCUAUUAAUUUCAGUGACACUCUUAAGGUGUAGCCAGUAUGGCAGGCUUUCAAAAGAAAAAUGAACGGCAUUUUCGAGAACGCGCGCGAGGUAGGGUGGAGGAGAACCUUUCCUUAUUCUCGCGCGUCAUUCGCGCUUUCCACGAGCCGAAAUCCUCGUCCCCAGCUCCUUCCCUUUCGGCUAGAGCGAAAGUAGUCAGGAAGGCCUAAACUUAGUGUUUACACAGUUAAAAGAUUGUAUAACAUUUUUAUUUUAUUUCUUUCUCAUCAUCAAGAUGAUACAUAUAUAUAUCUAUAUACGUUCUACUCAAAUAACGAAUAUCUAUAUAUCUGUAUAGAUGAUUGCUUGACCUUUCCUAUGGUUAUGUGGGGUAUAAAUUUCAGAUAGGUCAUAAAUAAAGAGUAUAUUUAACGAUUGUAUUACGGAAAUUGAUACCACAUUCAAGACCAUUAACUCAAAAUAAAAUAACUCUAAAUUUAAUGGCCUGACUCAUGCAUGAAAUAUGCUGCAAGGGAGUCCAGCUUUUACGUAUGAUAUGACUUGGUGUUAGAGUUGGGCACUUACACUUUUGGAUCUGAGCUCAUACAAUAAACUAUUUAUUAAUCAUGAAGUUUCCCAAUCCAUCGAUCGCCCAGGAACACAAAUAAGGUACCCUUGUGCAAGGAUCAGGAUCCUCUAUAAAACAAUACCUUAUUGGGAUGAACAUGUCUCAGUGUAGCUCAUAAACUGUAUAUGGGAGAACCAUCCCUAACCUCCCCUGUGGCUAACGUUCAACCCUAUGAUUGCAGCUUGAAAAUGGCCUUUUUAAAAGGGACACAGCUUAAAGGAAGCAAUGUAAAUAUAUGUAAAUUUAUGAAUAAAUUUAACAAACUAUGAAUUUCAUUUCAGAUCCCACGUCAAUCUUCACCAACACCUCUGCCCUGAAACGGUGACAGAGUGCAGAGUGAUGGGCUGUGGAACGUUGGUAAAGAGAAAAAAAUUGAAUACCCAUUUAAUGGAGGCUGCCGCAGAGCAUUUCGCCCUGCAGUCGAACGAAAUCAUCAAGCUGAAGCAAUCAAUAUUUAACAAGGUAAGGAACCAAAAAUACAAUAUUCAAAGGCAAUAAAAACUGUACCACAUAACCAAGAGAAUUUGGUUAGAAAGGAAAGGGAUGUCCAGUGGAAAAUAAGAACGACUUAAAACAUAGGCUUUCAAUCCGGAACACCUUUGGUCAGACCAAAAUAUACAGUAACUGUACCAAUAAGUGAGACUGCAAGCAUCCCCUGUAUCUUCAUGUUGGAUCCCCCUACUAAGAAAAGUUCAGUACAUAACAUAUUUAGUGCUCUUAACGCACAGGAAAAAACAACGGAUUCCCAUUUUUAGAUAUUUUAGGGUAUUUAAAGAAUACCCCCAAAAAUCCUAAAUUUGGAAGAGUGAGACUAGUCCCAAUCCAAUCAGGGAACUUGGUUGGGAAUUCCCUGGUUGUGCCAAAUUUGUGAUUUUUAUUGGUGUUCUUUUAAUACCCUAAUAUUACAGCAUAGUCCAUGCAGUUCAAGAAAAGGGUGAGUCUUAAACUAUUAAUUAUUUAGUAUAAUGUUAAAAUUUGAAUAACAAUAAUUUGUGCUUAGAUUCUAUCAUAAAUUCAUUGCAUAGAUAGACACACAGCUUUAUACUUAACACUAUUAUGUUUCUUUUUUUAAGACAAGUAACCCAGUGGCAGUUAAGGUGAACAGGAUUGACUCCUUUUGUUGGAGUAUCACAAACUUUCCUCGAAACCUUCAAGUUCAAGGUGCUGGCAUACACGGAGGACACAAGUGGAGGGCUUUAUUCACCAUUGACCAAGAAUUGUUUCUCCAGCUGGUUGAAGCCGCACAUCCAAUAACCACAGAAAUCCGGUAAGAACAUGUCAAAAGUAUCUGUUUAGGGGGGGGGGGGAAUAAGACAUGGGGGCAGAUCCUGAAAAGAGAGCAAUACUGGGGAAAAUAAUAAUUUAUUAAAAGAAUUAAUGUUAUUCACCAGUGUGUAGUAAUACUAACAUGCUGUUUGAAAGCAACCUAAUUUUAAUUUCUAGACUGAUAUAUUUGUGUAAGCAAGGAAAAGAAACUGCACAGUGAUUCUUGGUCAAUACAAAAUUAUUAAGAAUUAAAGACUUGCUAGAACAGUGGAACAUCAAAGAAAAGAACAUGUUGACCAUAUUGACAACAAAUAACAGUUAGACAGAAAACAGCUAUCAGUAGUGGCCAUCCAUGUGGGUGGGUGGGGGGGGGGAGGCAAUGUCAUCCCUGGGAACAUGCCAUGGAGUGGAAAAAAUAACAGAUUCCCAUUUUUGGAAAUUCUAGGGUAUUUAAAGAAUACCCACAAAAAUCCCAAAUUUGGAAGAGUGAGACAAGUCCCAAUCAGGGAACUUGGUUGGGAAUUCCCUGGUUGGAACUUGUCUAACUUUGCCAAAUUUGGCAUUCUUAUGGGUAUUCUUUAAGUACCCUAAAAUAUCCAAAAAUGGGAAUCCGUUAUUUUUUCCUGUGUUAUUGGCAAAUUGUUAGUCAUGGACAGGGGGAUUUAUGAUAUUAUAGUGCAAUUAUUGUCCCGUCUAUCAUGACUCUAAAUGAGUCCCUUUUUUAACAUGUUUACAGUAUUUGUCAUGAUUUGUUUCCUGGGGGUUGACGCCCUGGUUGAUGAGAAGUGCAUAAUUACCUCCCAAUAACUUUGCUGUUUCUGUUCAAAGGAUCGUAAUGUCAGCUGGUGAGGAAACAGAGACUACCUUCCGCUCAGACACAGUCAUCCUGAAGGAAGGAGAAAUGUGGGGGAGAAGAAUGAUUGACAUAAACAGAUAUGUAGAUGGGGAUGGAAAGGUGGAGAUCAAAUUUAUAAUAUACCAUCUUAACCUAAAAAUGUGA